AUGGCUCAACAUAGCGAGUCGUCUUUGAUCCGCGCUCGUCCGAAUUGCCGCAAGGUCAAGACCGGUUGCCGAACAUGCAAGAUCCGCAAGAAGAAAUGCGAUGAAGGCCGACCAUCAUGCCAGCGCUGUCUAUCAACCGGCCGAAUUUGCGAUGGCUACGGUGUCUGGGGUGGAGGCAACAAUCCAUUCAAGCAGCACCCUUCGUCUCAAAUCAGUCUCUUCACCGGAAAAGAACCAGGCCUAACGUCAAAAUUGUCGUUGAUUAGCCCGACAGCAGCUCAAAAGCUGUUCCCAAUCCACACGGUAUCGGCCGACGAGCAUAUCUGCAUGGAAUGGUUCAUCCAUCGGACGGCUACAAAACUUCCCGGCGCAUUCGAGUCCGAUUUCUGGACUACAUUACUCCCUCAAGCCAGUUACUCGGAACCAGCGGUGCUCCACGCCAUAAUCACGCUAGCUUCAGUCCACAAGAGGCAAGUCCUUGAUCUCAGCACGUGUGCCGACACUUCUGAAUUGUUUGCCCUGCAACACUAUACUCGCGCGACAGGCGAUCUACGACGCAAAAUCGAGACCAGGAGCAAGACUUCCACCCAGGUUGCAUUGAUUGCGUGCGCAAUCUUCGUUCAACUCGAGUAUCUGCGCGGAUGCUACCAAACGGCACUGACUCAUCUACGACAUGGUCUCGUGUUGCUCGAAGACCAGGCCCGUGUCAGCAAUGGCGACCACGUCAAGAUCGAGCCCGGAAUACUUCAAAUAUUUACGACCAUGUUCAUCCAAGCAAGACUGCUAGGACAAGACGUCGGUGGACCCCGUGCGCUUCUGACACUCUUGCAAGAAAUCAAACCUGUCGACGGCGCGUUCCAGUCAGCCUGGCACACCAGACUAAGCCUGGAAUAUACGAUCCUUCGGGUCUUCGACAUGGUUGAUCUAACCCAAUCUUCGAGACAUUCCAGUACUUCUUCCAGCGGACAAUGUUGUCCCCCGGACUUCAACGUGUAUGAAUGCAGCACACUUCUUCUGAUCGAGCUCGACACCUGGCUUGCAGCCUGUGAGUUGACUGUCGCCCAACUUCGAAAACUGCCACGGACCAUCCCCACAGCUCUGGCCCUGUUCGGCAUGAGACUUCUACACGUAUAUCGCACCGUGGCAUGCAUCAUGAUUGCGGACUGCACGUCGGCCAUGAGCAGCCGCAGCAGAAGUGCUGAAAGGGACGCUGACGCUGCUACAUCAUCAUCGUCAUUGUCGUCAUCAUCACCACUGUCAACAGCAGCAGCAGCAGUCCAGUCAACUACUAGUACUAGUACUUCCUCCCAGGAGACAGGCUCAACCUCAUGGCCGUCGCCAAAGCCUUACACCCCAUCCACGACAUCUUCCGAACCACCUCGUUUCCAAGCUCAGUCCUCAUCAAGCACUACUAAUACCGAACCUCUCUUCCAACUCAUCAACGAAGAGUCCCGCACCCUCUACAAACUCGCCUACAACGCGUCGGUCAACCCUAGCAUAGACAAGCACCGCAACAGACACGAUUCCGGAGAUAACUACAGCACAUCAACCUCUAUCGCGGACAUGGGAUGGAUCGCACCACUGUACUUCACAGCGAUACACGGUUCCACGCCAAAUACCCGAAAAGAGGCCAUCGACAGCCUCCAUUGUUCGCUGCACAGGGAGGGCAUAUUCAACGCCACCCUUGUAACCAGUGUCGCUGAAAGAGUGCUUGAAAUUGAGCAAGACGGGCACCACAUCAUCUGCCCGCCCGAAAGCGUGGCGAGAGACAGCGGCAAUUAUUGUCGCCCAGCUGAAGUGAGUUUGUCGCCGCCACCGCUGCCGCUAAAGUACAGAUAUCUGCAGCAACGACUCGGAUACCGACCCUUGGGUCAAGCGCCAAAGUGUAUACAAUCUAAGGACGGCUUGUUGGACAAGUGA